AUGGGUCAGAGUCAAGACACUUACGGUAGUUUGCUAGUCCCAGUUGUUAUAGAUAAGAUGCCAGUUGAAAUUAAGAAGCAGUUAGCUAGUGAAAAGGGAGAUAACAGUUGGUUACUAGAAGAUCUGCGUCGUGAAAUCAAUAGGGAGAUUGGAAUCCUAGAAACAGGUAACAUCCGUAGCGAACCGGAAGUAGAGGAGUUCAGCGCAACAGCGUCAUUUCAUACAGGAGCGAACUAUAGGAAACCCCUCACGCCCACAAAUCCCGCCACCCCCAAUUACCCAAGACCCUCAACCGGAAGUUCAUCACACAGACCCGAGAUAAAGUGCUCCUUUUGUGAUAGUGACUACAAAUCCCAUGAAUGUAAAACCCACCCAGAUGCAGAAUCCCGUCUGAAAAUAAAACAUGUCCUGACCAAAUUGAUUGUGUUCGAUGUCCACAAGAACCAACUUCAUUCCGGAGUUAACAGUACCAUUACACAGAUCAGACAGAAGUACUGGAUACCAUCCAUCCGCCAGUGUGUAAGAUCGUUACUAAGGACAUGUAUACAGUGUACCAGAGUAACCGGAAGACCCUAUGCAGCACCAGACCCACCUCCCCUCCCCAAAGUCAGAGUAAGCGAAGCCCCGCCCUUCAGCGUCACAGGUGUAGAUUUCACUGGCGCAUUAUUUGUAAAGAAGGCUACCGGAAGUGAAACGAAAUGCUACAUCUGCUUUUUUACAUGCGCAUCAACAAGAGCCGUCCAUUUGGAAGUUGUACAAGACCUAUCAACCGACUCGUUCCUUCAAGCGUUUCGGAGAUUUGCCAGCCGGAAGUCGUUGCCCAUGGUGAUGAUAUCAGACAAUGCUACGACUUAUAUUGCUGCUGCUAAUCACCUUAAGAAGCUAUUCAACUCCCAAGUCGUUCAAGAGGAGCUCAGCAGAAAAGGAACAGAGUGGCGAUUUAUUCCCAAACGUGCACCAUGGUACGGUGGUUUUUGGGAACGUCUCAUUGCACUCACUAAGACGUCUCUAAAGAAGAUCCUCGGAAGACGAUACGUGUCCAUGGAGACGUUGCAGACGAUAGUGACAGAGAUUGAAGCUGUUAUCAACGAUAGACCGCUAACGCACGUAUCAUCAAGCAUCGACGACUUGGAGCCGUUAACGCCGUCACAUCUUCUUUAUGGCCGCAAGAUGACGUCACUUCCGCAUCACACACAUUUACCCGACGAUGAAAUGAUGCAAAUUCAAAGUGACCAGACGACACUAACCAAUCGGGCGAAGCAGCAGUCAGACAUCAUCGAACAGUUCUGGAGACGUUGGAAGUCGGAGUAUUUAACUGCCUUAAGAGAGUUCCACACAACAACGGGCUCUAACGAGAAACGCAUUCGGGUCGGAGAUGUCGUGCAGAUAUACGAUGAGGGACCACGUAUCCGUUGGAAACUUGCUGUAGUCCUGGAGCUGAUGACCGGAAAUGAUGGUUCAGUCCGUGCCGCGAAAAUAAAGACGAAACGUGGAAUAACAAAUAGACCAAUAGUGAAACUCUAUCCAUUAGAAACAGCCAGUGAUGUUGAAUAG